UUAUUUCAUUUUUGUCAUUUUCGUUUUUAUUUUAUUUUUAUUUUUGUUCUCUCUGUUUCUUCGGCUGAGAAGACUAUGGCGGAGGAACAGAAGAUAGCGUUAGACACAGAGUCUCCGGCCAAGGUUGCCGCUCCAGCUCCGACUCCGGUAGCUCCUGUUCCAGCUCCGGCUCCGGUAGAGGUUCCUACACCAGCCCCUGUUCCGGCUCCGACUCCGGCUGAUGUCACGAAAGACGUUACGGAGGAGAAAGUUCAAACACCAUCUCCGGAGCAUAUUACUGAUGACUCCAAAGCCCUUACCGUUGUUGAAAAACCUAUAGAGCCUGAACCCACGAAAUCUUCGUCUGCUUCUCUCGAUAGAGAUGUUAAGCUAGCUGAUUUAUCAAAUGAGAAGAGAUUGUCUUUCGUCAGAGCGUGGGAAGAUAGCGAAAAGAGCAAAGCAGAGAACAAAGCUGAGAAGAAGAUCUCUGAUGUUCUUGCUUGGGAAAACAGCAAGAAAGCUGCUGUUGAAGCGCAGCUCAAGAAAAUUGAGGAGCAACUAGAGAAGAAGAAAGCAGAGUAUGCAGAGAGGAUGAAGAAUAAGGUUGCAGCGAUUCACAAGGAAGCAGAAGAGAGGAGAGCUAUGAUUGAAGCUAAGCGUGGAGAAGACAUUCUCAAAGCUGAAGAAACUGCUGCUAAAUACAGAGCCACUGGAAUUGUUCCAAAGGCUACUUGUGGAUGUUUCUAAAUCUUGAUAUUUUCCAAUACAUGUUUCUUUGUGUGUUUUUUCAACUGUAAAGUGUUAACAAUUUGUGUCUUCUUCUUCUCUUCAUAUAUAUGGCUUUGUAUUGAUCUUGUUUGUAUAUUAAUUUUGUGUGUGAAAAAACUUCAGAGUGAAAUAUUUGUUCA